AUGGCUACCUUCCGCGGUUUCGCCCCCUGGGGCGAUCAGUAUAACUCCGUGCGCUCGACGGCGACGACGCUUCUGCAACGAGUCUAUCUGUAUGGUCGACCGAGGGCUCGUCCGGCCAGGGCCCUCAUUCUCACCCUCGCCGCAUGUUUUUUCCUUUACGUUUGUCUCUCAGCGCCAUUUAGACAGACCUCCGUCAAUUACUGGCUUAAGUAUCCCUCAUACCAUCCAUUCGGUGGCCGCCCCGAAGACACACCCAUGAUCAACACUGGCGGACCUGCUCUAAGUCGAAAUGACACUCUACCGAACAGUCUGGAGAAAAACAACCCUUCUUUUCACCUUGUAUUGCCCGCUGGGCAGAAGAGCGCCGCGCUGUGUCGCACAAUAACAUCCGCAAUGAUCUUGAAUUACCCCCCACCUACUUUAGUCCAGUACGGCAGAAAGCUCCCAAGCGGAUCCUCCGAAUAUGAUUACGUGGUGGACCGUGUGACGGGCAUAUACAACUUUUUGCAAUACACCCCGCACGUGCGAGACGGCGAUUUUGUCCUCAUCGCCGAUGGCUAUGAUGUUUUCUUCCAGUUACCGCCGGAGGUGCUCAUCCAGCGGUUUCAGAAUAUCCUCCGAGAGGAUAAUGCCAAGUUAAGAAAGAAAUACGGCCUUGCGAAGGAGUAUCAUCCUUACCGCAAAGGCCUGGAGGAGGCCUUGCAGAAAUACUCUCAGAGAGUGCUAUUCGCCGCAGGCAAGGAGUGCUUCCCCAACAUGACCGUGGACGCCGGCUGCGUCACCGUACCGCAGUCCAGCUUGCCCCCGGAUGCCUACGGGUGGAAGACCGAUAUUCACCCGGAGGGACACCUGACCCGACCACGGUGGCUGAAGCCCGGUACGGUGAUCGGCCAGGCUGCCGACCUGAAGUUAAUAUACGCCGAAGUACUGCGCUUCGUGGAGGAGAACCGGCACAACCGCAGUGACUAUCUGGCUCUAACCCAGAUGUACGGACGCCAGGAGUACGUGCGAGAGCUAGAAAGACGGAGAAGUUCCAACUGGUUCAACGAGUGGGUUUACAGACUAAUUGGCAUUUCCGAGGCUGCGAAUAUCACAGGUGUGAACCCGCACCUUGAGACAGGUCAUCGCUACGAAUACGGAAUCGGCGUUGAUUUCGAAUCGCGUCUAUUCUUCAACACACACAAAUCGAAGAAGGAUGUCGAAUGGCUCCAAUACCACAAUAUUCCCCUGACAUCUUCCGUCCAGAUGAAGCACGGCGUUCCUCGAGAGAGACGUCUGCUGCUUCCCCCCGAUCUCGCCAGUCCGAGACUGCGCAAUCCCUUCGUCCAACCCUGGUUCGGCAAAGACGAACAGGUCAAACCAGAGUUCAACUCUACCCUUGACGCUCUUCCAAAUCCACGAAAUCAUACAUGGCGUAACAUGCCCUUGCUGACGAAUAUCCACUCGGCGUCUGUGCCGGCCCUGAUCCAUCUCGACGAGGAAAAGCCAGUCAAGGAUGACAAAGCGUGGCCGGUGAAGCACUCCGAACGAUUGAUACGAGAUACCUGGUGGUACAACAUGUGGUACCAACCGUGGGCUCGCGCCCUUCUCCGCAAGUACAUGCGUAGCCCUACUGGAUUCGAUGCUGCCCAAUCUGCAUUGCUGGGAGGGCAAGACUGGUGGGAUAUGCGCGGCGGCAAGGGAGGCGUUUGGACGGACAAGGGAGAGUGGCUCGACUAUGCGGAGGUCUGCACGGGCUUCGAAGGAGAGGUUUUCGACGAUGAUCUGGGGCAAUGGGGCCACGAAGGCGGGGACCCGGACGAGCCUGUUUACAAUCAGUUCGGCAAACUGGUCAAAGGCAAAGGUGAACAAUGA